AUGACGAGCUUCUCUUCCAUGUCCCUGUACGCCUUGACGGUGAAGCAGCCGACAGCGACACAGGAGGCAAUCUCCGGCGACUUCCUUGGGAACGGCAAGCAGCAGAUCCUCACAGCGAGCGGCUCACGGCUUGCCAUCCUCGAGGUCUCGCGGCGGCAGAAAGGCUUCCAAGAGCUGUACUCGCAGGAUGUGUUUGGUAUCAUCCGUCGUAUAGCCAAGUUCAGGAUCGCGGGCGGUACCAAAGACCAUAUCGUCAUAACCACCGACUCUGGCCGGUUAGUUACAUAUGAGUACAUGCCAGAUGAGCACACUUUCAAGACGGUUCACUUCGAGACGUUCGGCAAGUCUGGAAUACGACGCGUAGUGCCGGGCGAGUAUCUGGCAGCCGACCCGAAAGGGCGGGCUAUCAUGAUCGCCUCGACCGAGAAGAACAAACUCGUCUACAUCCUCACCCGAAGUGGUCAGACGGAUAUCGCCAUAUCCUCACCACUAGAGGCACACAAGCCACAGACGCUAGUGUACUGCCUCAUCGGGCUUGAUGUUGGUUACGACAACCCCAUGUUCGCUACACUGGAGGUCGAUUACUCGAACUCCGAGACUGAUCCUACUGGCGAAGCGUACGACGAGAUCAAGAAAGAGCUGGUUUACUACGAGCUAGAUCUUGGUCUGAACCACAUCGUUCGGAAAUGGUCAGAGCCAGUCGAUCGGACAGCCAAUACCCUCUUUCGAGUACCGGGAGGACCAAAUGCCCCAAGCGGUGUCUUGUGCUGCGGAGAGGACAGCAUCACAUACCGCCGUAUCUUCAACAACAAAUCGAGUGUCCACCGAUUGGCCAUCCCACGUCGUGAGGGGGCCACCGAAGAUCCCAACCGCAAGCGCAUGAUCGUUGCUGGUACUCUGUACUCUCUCAAAGGCGGCGAUUUCUUCUACCUCCUACAAACAGAGGAUGGCGACGUCUUCAAGCUUACCGUAGAAGCAACUAGCGGCACGGUCGACAAGAUCAAGAUCAAAUACUUUGACACUAUCCCUGUCGCGACCAGCAUCUGCAUUUUGAGGGCGGGUUUCGUGUACGCCGCCUGCGAAUCUGGAGACCGGAUCUUGUACGAGCUAGAAUCUUUGGGAGACGAGACGGAAGACCCCGUUUUCGAGAGCGGCCAAUUCCCUGUCGAUCCAGAAACUUCUUUUGCACCGCCUUUCUUCAAACCUCGGGCCCUUGUCAACCUCACCGCGGUAGAGACGAUGCCUAGUCUCAAUCCGAUCAUGGGUAUGGAAGUUGCCAACCCUGCAUUGGAAGAUGCGCCCCAAGUUUACACGAUCAACGGCACCGGUGGUCGGAGUUCGUUCCGCACCACCAGAAACGCGCUUGAGGUUCUGGACCUCAUCGAGUCGCCAUUGCCGCAGAAUGCUUCCGAUGUCUGGACUACGAAAUUGACCAGCGAAGACGAAACUGAUACCCUUAUCGUCAUGUGCCUUCACAGCAGAACGCUUGUUCUCAAAAUUGGCGACGAUGUCGAGGAAGCAUCGAACACGGGCUUCCUUCCAGACACGAACACGCUUGGUGUACAGCAGUUCGGUGAGGACUGCAUUAUCCAGAUUCACCCCAAGGGUAUCCGUCAUAUCCAGGGCAUCCAGUUUCCUAACGACGAUGCGAGCGCGACGCACGCUAGUCUGACUGACUGGCAACCUCCGGCGCAUCGUACUAUCGUAGCUUGCGCUACCAACAACCGACAAGUUGCUAUCGCGCUAAGUUCCGGUCAGAUCCUAUACUUCGAAUGCGACUCAGAUGGAUCACUUGCUAUGGCUGAGGAGGAAAUUGCUUUGGACAGCACCAUCAACUGCCUUGCAAUGCCCGACGUACCCGAAGGUAGCGUGCGAGCGUUCUUCUUGGCUGUCGGUUGCAGUGACCAGACUGUCAGGAUCUUCAACUUGAGUCCUGACAUGGAAGGAAAUAUCCUGCGAAGUAUCUCUGUUCAAGCCCUCACGUCGCCGCCCAGCGACUUGACCAUCAACCUCAUGACGGACAAGUCCCCCCGUGGAUAUAGCCAGUUCUUGCACAUUGGUCUACGAAGUGGUGUAUACAUCCGAUCAGUACUGGACGAGAUGACUGGCGACAUCGGCGACACCCGGAGGCGCUUCCUCGGGCCCGAGCCUAUUAAGUUUGCGAAGGUGACCGUUGCAGGCGAACCUGCUAUCAUCGCAAUGACCUCACGGCCAUGGCUAGGCUACACACAUCCUCGUACCGGAGUGUUGCAGCUGACACCGCUGAACUACAUUCCGUUCAAGUCCGCUUGGAACUUCGAUGGUUCUCAGUUCAAGGGAAUCAUCUGCGUCAGCGGCAACGAGUUACGAAUCUUCACAUUCAACGACCUGACGGACAACACGACUUACGAGAACAUACCGCUCAAGUACACUCCAAGGAAGAUGGUUGGAUGGCACGACCAGGGUGUGUUCUACGUGAUUGAGAGCGACAACAACACUAUAAGCGCCGACAGACGCCAACAGCUAAUCGCCCACGCUGGUAUCAAGAAAGAGGACGACGGCACCAAUGGCGACGCCACGAACGGCACAAUCGAUAGCGACGAGCUUCCAGCCAUCGAUUUUGGUUACCCAAGAGCUCAGGGAAGCUGGGCAUCUUGUAUCCAAGUUGUCGAUCCUGUGAGCGAAAAGACUGUCACCCACACCGUUGAGCUGAAUGGCAAUCAGUCACUUGUCAGUGCUGCCUUGGUGUUCUUCGAGAGUCGUGGUGAGGAAGCAUUCUUGGUUGUUGGCACUGCCAAAGACUUGAGCUUCGCUCCCUUCAAAUACACCUCUGCUUCAAUACAAGUGUACAAGAUCAACCCCACUGGUCGCGAGCUGGAGUUCUUCCACGAGACUGAGGUCAGCGACCCGCCUCUAGCGCUACUUGCAUUCAAGGGAAAGCUCAUCGCUGGUGUUGGUCGUCAUCUGUGUCUCUACGACUGCGGUAUGAAGUCUGUUCUACGCAAAGCUCAGGCUCCAAACUGCGUACCGACGCGCAUCACUGAUCUCAAGACCCAAGGCAGCCGGUUGGUUGUCUCCGACCAGGCGCAGUCCGUCACCUAUGUCGUUCACAAGGACCAAGUUCACCCCAACCGCCUCAUUCCUUUUGUUGAUGACACAAUCGCGCGUCACACCUCAGCAUCUGAGAUGUUGGACUAUGACACCACAGUUGGAGGCGACAAGUUCGGCAACAUCUGGCUUGUGCGUUGCCCACAGAAGGUUUCUGAGUCUUCCGAUGAGUCGCCUGACGGUUCAGAUCUCCUAGUAGAUAAGGGCUACUUGGGCGGUACACCGAACCGUCUCGACCUCAUUGCCCACUACUUCACAAACGACAUUCCUGUUUCAAUACAGAAGACUGUUCUCUUGUCAGGUGGUGAGCGCAUCAUCUUCUGGGCUGGUCUCCAAGGUACCCUUGGUGCACUUAUUCCCUUUAGCUCCCGCCGACAACACAAGAUGUUCCAGCAACUGGAGCUUCAACUUCGGUCAGACGACAAGCCACUAUCGGGCCGCGAUCAUCUCGCCUUCCGCAGCUACUUCGCGCCGGUCAAGAGCGUAAUCGAUGGUGAUCUCAUCGAGCGCUUCUUGGUGUUAUCACGCGACAAGCGAGAGAGCAUCGCUGGCCAGAUGACGGGUGCAGAAUGGACACCCAGCAUGAUUGAUGAGGCGAUCUGGAACAUGCGCGGUCUCUAUGCUUUCUAG